AAGUCCAGCUCCCAAAAACUGAUAACACGAGAAGAGCAAUUUUUGCAAAGCAAAAGCAGAACUAGAAGUCUUGCAGCCAUUUAAGUUGAAAAGGAGAAAAGGCACAGGUGAUGGAUGUAAAGACUGCAAAUGAGUGUGAAAAUGAUGAUGUAGAGCAGAAUCUUUCAUACGAGGUAAAACAAGAUGUAGAUGAGGAAUUGCCACAUGCGGAGGUUGUCGAUAUAUUCCAGGAAGGCUUGGCAAUGAUUGUACAGGAUCCUUUGCUGUGCGACUUACCUAUUCAGGUUACCUUAGAAGAAAUUAAUUCCCAGAUUGCUCUUGAAUAUGGCCAGGCAAUGACUGUCAGAGUCUGUAAAGCAGAUGGAGAAAUAAUGCCGGUUGUUGUAGUGCAAAAUGCUACAGUACUUGAUUUAAAAAGAGCUAUCCAGAGAUAUAUUCAGCUUAAACAUCAACGUGAGGGAGGGAUACAGCAUAUCAGCUGGAAAUAUGUUUGGAGGACAUACCAUUUAUCAUUUUCUGGAGAGAAGCUGGAAGAAGAUUCAAGAAGUCUCCGUGAAUAUGGCAUCAAAAACAGAGACGAGGUGGUAUUUGUAAAGAAACUGAAAAAUAAGUAGAAUGUUAAUUUGAACCUUAUUUAAGUGCGAUCUUGGAACUGCCAUAUCAUCACAUGCCAGAAAAAUGCUGCUACUGGAAAAUAUACUUUUUUUUCAGAAACCUGCAAAAAUAUUAUUUACCAGGUUAAAACUGCCUUAAAAGUUGAACUACUCCACCUUGUAGCAAGAAUAAAAUGCUGUGGAAAUGAGAUUUACAAGUUGGGUAUGUAAACUCCUGGUGAGCAAAGCCCUGAGAGGGUAUAGCCCAAUAUUAUUCCAUCUUCAGUCAUACAGUCCAGCAUACUGCAUGUAAAAUGGAUGGCAGGACAGACAUUUACCAGUCGCAGCAUGGGAUCUCUGCAUAAUCAAGAAAAAUUGACGUUCAGCCAUGACCAACAUUGAGACUUGAAAUGUUUUUGUUGCGGGAGCACAAACCAGUCAUAAAAGCCUUUCUACUGAAGCAUACAGAGGAUUGAUUAAGAACAGGUAAAUAACAACAUUUUUAAAAAAAGGAUUUUUUUCUUGAAGUGACCAUACUGCUUAUGGAUGCCAUUCUCUGGCAUACUUUUUCAGACGUUGUUAUGAAACUGCUGUUAUUCUUGAUUUAUUUUGCAGUUCAUGUUCUGGCUAAUAUGUUAGUGUUAUGUCAAUAGAGUAAUAACAUCGCAGUUACUAUUUGAUAAAUAAAGCUCAUUCACUUCUCA